UGAGCAGGUCUGCGACACCCUUUAACUCUCUGCACUGCACUGGUCCCCGAGCCCGAGGAACGCCAUAGCUUUAAAUUAAUUAACACUAAUUAACAGCUGUCACGUGACCGUCUCCAGCGCCUUAGAUAGGGCAGGAUGUUUCUGCUGUUAAGUUUGCAAACUAUAGCGAGAUGAAUUAUCGUUUUAUAAAGAUUUGCGCGACUCUUUUACUUUUCACCGUCAUGGCUCGGCGCUGCGUCUGCCUUUCCUCUGAUCACAGGAAGAAAACACUCGAGCAGAGGAAACAGCUCGCCAUGCCGCGAGUCACCUGCUCUCUCCGAGGCAUCAGAGCUGUGUUUGGUCCAAUGGUGAAAAACAAUGUGUACGCCAGAGACGUGACAGGGGCCACAGUCCCAGUGCCUCAGUAUGAGAAGACCUGUGGAGUGCAAGUGGCUAGAGUGAAGAACCAGAGCCUCUCGUUUUUCAGCAGAUAUGACAGCUGCUUUGUCCAUGUUGAGGGCAGCAAAGUCAUCAUCCCGCUGCAGGUCCAGCUGGCAGGAGAGGAUCGAUGGAUCUGGGUCAACAUCAGCUGUCCCCUGAUAAAGGCAAGAAGUGAGAGGACCCAGCCUCGCCCAACACCAUUCCCUGGAAACUGUGACAUUGAAAGAGCUCUUCGAGUGGACUGUGGCCACCAAAGGGUUUCCAGUGAUGUCUGCUACAAACUGGGCUGCUGCUAUGAUGCUCGUGAUUCAGCCUGCUACUACACACUCAAUGCCUGCUCUCUGGACGGACACUUUGUGUUCUCAGUAAACGCUGCAGAUGCACACACGCCCAUUGAUCCCAGCAGCCUCAUUGUAAAGGAUCAGCCGCACUGUCACCCUGUUGUCACAACCCCAGAUACUGCUGUCUUCAAGAUAGGAGUCUCAGACUGCGGUGCAAAGAGGAAGGCAAAUGGAGAUGUGGUGAUCUACGAGGUGGAAGUGGUGGAGCUACAUACAGGAAAUGAUGGGAAAAAUUCUCAAUUUAGUCUUCAGGUCCAGUGUGAAUACGACUCCUCUGAUCUGAAGCGUGCAGCAGAACUGCGGUCUUUGUAUGCAGUGACUAAUCCACCACCUGUCAUUGCACUGGGGUCCAUCGGAGUGCAAAUGAGAAUAGCCACAGAUGCAUCCUUUACAUCCUUUAUUCCCGAGGAACAGCUUCCACUGACUUUGCCCCUUCGUGAAGCUGUGAAUGUGGAGAUUUCCAUCGUGCAGCCAUCUCCAGAUCCCACACUUUCCCUGCGAGUGCGAGACUGCUUUGCUUAUCCUGGGUCAAGACACUCUGUGUGGACACUUCUCUAUGAUGGAUGUCCAAAUCCUCAGGAUAAUAUGAGAAGCUCUGUCCCUGUGGACCAACAGGGGAAGACCACAUCUCACUCACAAGUCAGGAGGUUUGAUGUCAAGACCUUUGCCUUCUUGGACCCCAGCACAGGCCAUCCAAGUCCAGAGGAAAUGUACUUCUAUUGUUGGGUGGAAAUCUGCACGAAUGACGUUGACUGUGCGCAGCGUUGUACCUUCAUUUCAUCUGAGGGGGAGAGGCCGAGAAGAGAGGCCGCAUCUCAACCCCACCAGCUUCAACUGGUCUCUUUGGGGCCACUGCAGCUGGUCCAGAAUAACACUGAAGCCGAGAAAGACCCCUGCAUGAAACGGGAAAAAAUGUUUCAGGUGAUCGUAUACAUCCUGUCUGGUGUUGGUGCUGGCCUUCUUGUGGUCCUGCUGUUCAUUGUGUGUUCAAGCAUCAGGAGAAUGCAACGAGCACGUGACGAACAAGAUGCAUCUCAAUAAAUGUCAAUUUGUCCAUA